UCAUCAGGAUCAUAUUCAACGGCAGAGUCUACUAGUGGUAGUGAUUAUGAUGAAGAUUCUGAGAGUGGUGACGGUUCUGAAGAAGAAGAGGAAGAAUCAGAGAAAGAGCAAGAARCAGAGAAGAAAGUAGAAGGUGACUUUCAUGUUCAYGAUUACRAUGAAGAAGAACCRCAAGAAAACGAAGAUGAAUGGAAAGAAGAACGAAAUGAAGAAGAGGUGAAAGAAGAAACAGAAGUAAUUAAAGAUCCAUCCUUUGUUCCAAGACGAGAGUCAUUUUGGUCCCAUGAUGACCGUUGGGAUGAUACAACUCCUGAUGAAGAGAGGAGACCACCAACAAACCGAAAACUCUGGGAAAAAUCRAAUGACAUGUGGCAUCAUGAUCUCUAUGUUGAAGAGGAGCAAGGACCAAAGUCUAGAGAAGAACGAAUGGAGUCUCAAAGAGAUCAAAGGAGAAGAACUGGACAGUCAAGAGGAAACAGGAGGUAUGACCUACAGGAGUUUAUCACCAAUGACARUCAGAGAAGAAUGCCCAGACGAGGGAGAGGAGGGCGUCAGUCAUAUCAAGGUGAAGACAGAGAGGAAUACUCUAGAAGAAGAAACGAGUAUUCAGAGAGAGCUGAUGACCAAGUCCAGGACGAUCAAGAUGAUGGUUAUCAAGAAAGAGAUGAUACAAGGUAUCGCAGAAGAAGAAGACGAUAUUCAAAUGAACAAGAAGAAGACCUGAGAAAUGAAGAAGAAAACGAGAAUAAGAGACAAUCUGAAAGCAAUCGAAGAGGUAGGGGUAGAMGAGACCUCAGAGACRAUCAAUAUGAYUAUGAURGACGAAGACAGACAGACAACAAUCGAAGAGGUAGAAGAAAUGACGAUGAGACMCAAAGACAAGAUAGAAGAGAUAGGAAUGAAAGACAGGAUGAAAGACAAAGAGAACGAAAUAGAAGACAAGAUGAAAGACAAAAUGCAUCAACUAGAAGAGAAGAAUAUGAAGAAAAACAAGAGCUAAUUCAAAGCAAUGAUAAACAUCAAAGAAGAGAAGAAAAAACAAGAGAGAGAAAUAGAACUGAACAAUCUCAAGAWRCACAAACUGCAGAAAGACCAAGAGGAAGAGGAAGGGGCGUCCCUAGAAAUCUAAAAACAUCUCGCAAAACUGCAGCUGACUUUGCCAGGGAGAGRGAACAAGCUCGGAAAAAGAAGGAGGAAGARAAGGUUAAGAAAGAAGAGGAAGACCAAGAAAACUAUGAAGAUGCCAAUGAAGAUGUACCAGAGGAGAAUGGACCUGAUCAGAACAGUGAUGUGUAUGAAGAACAUGACAACAGUUAUGAGGAGGACCAACAACAAGAACAAGAAGAAGAAGAGUUGCGACAGAGUCCUCCAGUGCAACAGCCAAGACAGAGUGAGCCAGCACCAGCACAAGCCAGUAAACCAAAACGAUAUUCAUCCCAGCGUCAACGAGCAACACAGCARACUGCUGCAAUCCCAGAACCCUUCCAAGAACAAAUGGGAUCUGUUGUACCAGAAGGUUCCUAUUAUGAACACAUGGGAUAUCAAGAUAUGUAUGUAUCUCCUGGAACACCUCCUGUACAAGGAAUGAUACAACACGGUCUUCCCACGUCGAUGAUACCCAAUUCCAUGCCUCAAAACAACAUGCCGAAYAUGAACGCGCAAACUGCGGGCUUAACUCAGAUGAGCAUGCAUCCUAACUAUUCCUCUCCUCAAGUUUACCCUGGRCCUACCAUGAUGUAUCAAAAUUCACAGUAUCCUAUGAUGGGCUUAAAUCCUUUCUUAGCGCAGCAGAUGUACGGCAUGCAGUUACAAGGAGGAGGGUACUACCCACAACCAAUGUUUCAACCUCCGGUAUCCGACCAAUCUGUCCAACAGAGACGUAGACCGAACACUGCAAUUCCCAUUAAGGCUCCAUCGGAAGCAUAACCGACAUUUUAUUCUUUGUUAAUCAAGAAUCCCCCGUAAUCCGCGAUUACAUCUUUCUCACAACGCGCGUUUUGAUUUGAUUUAUGGUGAGCGGUGUGCAAGAAAGUAUUUUUCGCSACGUAAAUUCUCUGUAAUAUCUUAAUUCAAGGUUCCCAGCRCCAUCUUGAAUGGUAGCCGUGCCUCUACGCGAGACUACCGUUGAGCGUGCAGAGAUUCAAACCGUCUUUCACACCUAGAGUCAAAUUUUCACAUUUCUUUCACUGCACGCUCAACUCAGAUCCUCUCGCUUCRAUGUAAAGGCACGGUUACCUUUCAAGAUGGCGGAGGGAACCRCSAAGUAACCUAUUUUACUAUGURGUUAGUGUGUUUGUACAAAGGAAUAUUCACACUCAGCUGCAAAUGGUAUAUGCGUUAUAUUGUUAUGGUUUAAUUGUAAAUAAUAGUCCAGUUUUUUAUUGAAAUGGUUUCAACGAUCUUUACUUCUAAUAUCYGUUGUGAUUUUUACGGGGCCGAAAUUAAUGGUAUUUUUAUGCCAUGCAAAGUCAAAUUGCUGGUUUAGUGUAUCGUCUUUGUGUACAGAGGUGAACUGUUUAAUUAUAGGACUGACUAUCAAUGUUUUCUAUACUGAUGUUUUAAUUGCUUUAUCUAAUAAAAAAUCACUAUCAUUGCA